UUCCCUUGCUCCUGGAGGACUCUCUGCCUGUGUUCUUCCAGUCGUUAACUUCCUGUUGUCUUCUGGCUUCCUAACCUCUGGCUACCCACUUGGACUGUGCUCUGGAUUAGCCCCUCAUACUUCAUUUAAUUUUGGACUUAUUUCCCGUCAGACUUCUGGCCUGUCUUAAUGGACUAAUUGCUACUUCCUCACUCCAUUGGCUUAUCGCUGGCUUAUCUGCUUCCAGACCUCCUUGGCACUGGAUUCCAACUUGCUCCUGUUCUCCAAAAAGUACUGGGACUCCAUUCCAUUGCACUUUGUUCCGGUAUACCCCAAGGGAGCUGACAAGGGAGUUUCCACAGACUGGACGUCAGAGGGAGGAGCUUAGGGGCCGAAUAGUGUGUGUUCUGUAAGGAGGAUUGGUGAGGACACCGAGAAGGCAAGUUGAAGCAGCUCUCUGCUGCAAGACGACCACGCUAAACUUAACAUUUCAGGUCUCUAGCUUCUCAAUCAUCCUUGACAUAAGUUGGAUAAGUUCCAAUUAUGUUGGAUUUAAAUAACACAAAGUGCCUGGAACGACCGCUCUCUGCUGGGUUUCGUAAGCUUGGAAGGCUUGUUGGCAGAUUUCCAUGGUGGUUCCUAGUUAUUCCCAUUGCUAUAUCUGCUGGCUUAGGAGCCGGAUUUAUUUUUUUACCUCAGAGGAAAUCUAAUGACAUAGAAGAGCAGUUUACUCCAAUAGGAGGACCAGCUAAGGGUGAGAGGAAGUUCAUAAUGGAUCACUUCCCAGUAAAUGACUCAGGACAGUUUUCUGUACAGAGGCUGAUUACUGAGGGGGCAUUUGCUUCUAUUAUUGCUGUCAGUACAUCCACAAAUGUCCUUGAUAUUAGCAGAUUUCAAGAGCUUCUGAAGCUGGAUAAGGCAGUAAGGAGCAUGAAUAUAACAAUACCAGAAUUGGGAAGUGAAGUACAGCUUGGAUAUCAGCAACUGUGUGCAGAAAUUCAAGGUUCCACUUGCCUGGCACCAAAUCCACUCAUAGAUGCAGUUCAAGGUAACCCUGAGAGGAUAGAAAAAAUAGAUGUGACUUACCCCAUGUUUCAGAGUGGAACAUUCCUGGGAAUGUACCUUGGAGGUGUUAAACUGGGCCCAGCAGAUACAGUGCUAGAAGCCAAAGCCCUCCGGCUAGUGUAUUACCUGAAAGAGGACAAAGCACAGGACCGCAACAACAGCCUUGUGUGGCUUAAUCAUUUUAUUAAGACUAUCCCUCAGCAAAUAGAUGAAUUACAACUGAAAACUAUACAGGUAUCCUAUUUUACAUCAUUGUCACGACAGUUGGAAUUUGAAGACAAUAUAAAUAUUGCGAUCCCAUUAUUUUCUAUUGCAUACUUUAUCACAAUAUUCUUCUCUAUAAUUUCAUGCUUAAGAUUUGACUCUGUAAGAAAUAAAGUUUGGGUUGCAGCAUUUGGAGUGAUUUCUUCUGGAUUAGCCGUGCUUAGUAGUUUUGGUCUGUUGCUGUUUUGUGGAGUUCCCUUUGUCAUAACAGUAGCUAAUGCCCCAUUUCUUAUUCUAGGUGUUGGUGUAGAUGACAUGUUCAUCAUGAUUUCAAACUGGCAACAUACAAAGGUUAAAAGCAAAGUAGAAGAACGAAUGGCAGAUACAUAUGCAGAAGCAGCUGUCUCAGUGACAAUCACAACUCUAACAGAUGUCUUAGCUUUCUACAUAGGGAUAAUGACUUCUUUUCAGUCAGUGAAAUCCUUUUGUAUCUAUACUGGAACUGCCAUAUUAUUUUGUUUCUUCUAUAACAUCACCUGUUUUGGGGCUUUCCUGGCACUAAAUGGUAGACGAGAGGAGAGUAAUAGACAUUGGAUGAUUUGUACAGAAAUGAAAGAUCACGCUGAUAGUGAGCGUUCUUCUGUAUACAACGCAUGCUGUGUUGGGGGAUCCUAUGACCAGGUUACUUCUACGGAGAUUGACCAUCCAAUGACUCUGUUCUUCCGUAAGUAUUAUGGGCCUUUCCUUACAAACAUCUGGACCAAGAUAAUUGUGAUUAUAUUAUAUUGUGGAUAUUUGGCCAGCAGCAUUUACGGAUGUUUUUAUGUCAAAGAAGGAAUUAACCUGCGUAAUGUGGCUCCUGACAAUUCAUAUGUAGCUCCAUUUUAUGAUAAAGAAGAAUUGUACUUUUCAUACUAUGGUCCUAGAGUUAUGGUUAUUAUUACUGAACAAACAGAAUACUGGAAUUUAGAAACCCAGGACAAAAUUGAAAGCUGCAUGGAAAGCUUUGAAAACAAUUCUUAUGUUGACAAAACACUAUCUGAGUCAUGGUUGAGAAUCUUUGUAGAUGCUGCUGAGAAGAUUAAAUUGGAUAUAAGCACCCAUGAUUUAUUUGUUAAAUAUUUAAUUGCAUUUUCUGUUUAUGCACCAAAUUAUAUACCAGAUGUUGAAAUGAAAUCGAAGGACAUCAUAGCAUCCCGCUUUUUCAUUCAGACUGUAAAUGUAACUACAGCAGUUGAUCAGAAAGAAUUAUUAAACCAGCUUCGAGACAUAGCAAGUAGAUGUGACAUUCCACUACUAGUGUAUCAUCCAGCGUUUAUUUACUUUGAUCAAUUUGCAGUGAUAAUCCAGACUACUAUUGCAAACGUCCUUAUUGCUGCAGCUGCAAUGUUUAUUAUCUCAAUAUUGUUAAUUCCCAAUCUUCUCUGUGCAUUAUGGGUGACAUUUUCUAUUGCUUCUAUUAUAGUUGGUGUUACAGGAUUCAUGACUUACUGGGAUGUUAACUUAGAUUCUAUAUCAAUGAUCAAUCUUGUUAUUUGCAUUGGGUUCUCUGUUGACUUUUCAGCUCAUAUUUCAUAUGCGUUUGUUUCUAAUGUAAAAUCCAGUGUAAACAACAAAAUUAUUGAUGCUUUACAUUCUCUUGGAUAUCCCAUUGUACAAGGAGCGUUAUCAACAGUUUUGGGUGUGAUAGUACUUUCUGCAGCAGGAAGUUACAUUUUUAGAACAUUUUUCAAGAUUAUGUUCCUUGUUAUUUCAUUUGGAGCACUCCAUGGUUUAGUUUUUCUUCCAGUGUUUUUACCGGUUUUGGGCAGUUGUUGCACAAAAUGCUUUAACACUGUAAAAGCUAGAAAUGACAUAAAUGAGUUAGAGACUUUAAAUGCUCCUGAACGUUUAGAAAACACACUAGAUACAAAUGUUUGAAAGCCUAUAAACUUAAGCAAAAUUAGCACCUUUUAUGAAAAUAUAUAUUUUAUACAUACUGUAACAGAAAGUCUGCUUUGGUGAUAGGGGACUGUAUAUUAGACCAGGUUUAAUAAAUUACACUUUGCCAUUUUGCUAAAAAAAUGAUAAGUGCUUGUGUUGUAUUAGUGUGAAAUAAAAACUGUGUUUUGGGGCCCUGAGGAGUAUUUGGAGAGCAGGUGGGACAGUGCUCCAAUAGCUGUAGAAGCCAACUAAACUGAGGUGUGGCUCAUGAAUACUGCUUCUGGGUUUUAAAAGGGAAGGACAGGAGGACUGGUGUGCUGUGUGGUUAAAUAGUUAUAGCAUACGUUGUCGGCAUUUAUCAUUGCACAAGCAUUUCGCUAGAAAUGUUUGUGCAAUGUUGCCCCCUGCUAGUAGGGGAUGUCAAUCAACCCAAUCGUAUGCAAUCGGGCUGAUUGCUGUAUGCCGCCUCAGAGGUAGUCGACUUGUGAAGGCUCGCACAAAAACAGAGGCAUUGCAUCCCAUUCGGGAGUUGAUAAAUCGGCCUCUUAUUCUGAAUAUUCAGGGAAAUUCUUUUAAUAAAAUAAUCGUUGGCUGCAAUAUUUAGUAGUCGUUUAAAACACAAUGAAUACUGAAUUUCCGCUAAACAUUUACAUUUGUUUUUGUUAAACUAAUGUAAAUGUUUCAAGGGUACAGGGGAAAAGUUCACCUGUAGCUACAAAACUGACCUUAAUGUGCUCCAGAGAGCAUGGACAGCGCGCUAAGGUGAAUGUUAACAAUUUUAAAACAAAAAAAUGAAUAAAGUAAAUGAAUAAAUACUGAUACUAAGAUUUUUGUCUAUAUUUUUUGUUUUCUUUAUUUUUGUUGGUGUAUUCAUUCAGAUUUUUUUUUUAAAGAAUGCCCCUUCCUAAAAAGGCUAAGAAGUUUUGCUGCAAUUGUUUGCUGAUAUGAAGGACAUUUGAUUUUGUUGCUUUUUUUAAAUCUUGCACAGAGAAUUAACUUAUUUUCUUGCCCUUUUUUGUAAACAAACCGUAUGCUGUUGAUAAACUGGAAAAAAUAAAGUUUUGAAAACUGAAACAA